GGCCGCCCGCGGGAAGGACGGCAUCUGUGCGGGAGAAGGGCAGUCUGCAGUCCCUGGCCCUGGCGACCCCUUCCUGGCUCGGUGCCCCCUGCACCUCCCUCUGCAGCAGCAGCAGCCAAGUCGGGUGCGGACGCCGGGCGGGGCGCAGUGCCGGCGCGGGACCCCGAGCCUCCGCCUGGUGGUCGCCUGGUAGUCUUCGUUAACCUCGUUCUCAGGCCGGAACGCGAAGCUGCUCUGGGAAGUUGGCGGACUCCGUGACCCAGGUGGGUUUUGUGCACAUCAUGACCAGUUUUGAAGAUGCUGACACAGAAGAGACAGUAACUUGUCUCCGGAUGACUGUUUACCAUCCUGGCCAGUUGGAAAGUGGAAUAUUUCAAUCAAUAAGGUUUUAUAACCGAGAGAAACUCUCUUCCAGUGAAGUGGUGAAGUUUGGCCGAAAUUCUAAUGUCUGUCAUUAUACUUUUCAGGACAAACAGGUUUCUCGAGUUCAGUUUUCUCUGCAGCUGUUUAAAAAGCUUAACAGCCCAGUUCUCUCUUUUGAAAUUAAAAAUAUGAGUAAGAAGAUAGACUUAAUGGUUGACAGUUCAAAGCUGGGCUACCUAAAUAAAAUGGACCUACCAUACAAGUGCAUGGUCAGAUUCGGAGAGUAUCAGUUCCUGAUGGAAAAGGAAGAAGGAGAGUCAUUGGAAGUUUUUGAGACUCAAUUUAUUUUUUCUCCAAUAUCACUCUUACAAGAAAAUAACUGGCCCCCACACAGGCCCAUACCUGAGUAUGGCAGUUACUCAUCCUGUUCUACCCAAAGUUCUUCUCCUACAGAAAUGGAUGAAAAUGAAUCAUGAACACAGAGAGUCUGAGAGGGGAAAGAGGAGGACAAAGAGCUCCACAGAUGCUUUAUAGACACUACUUAUGGAGAGACUGUUAGUGUAGUAUACCACGGUCCUCUGUCACGUGGUCAAAUUUGUUUUAUCAUUUUAUCAUUUUAUCAUUUUAAAGUCUGCAGAUUGUGUUGGUCAUCAACUUAGUCAUCUGUUGCAUUCCUGGACCUAUAAAGAAUCUGUGAGGGAUGAAAUAGUGUUCUCAAAAUAAGGUUACAUUAUUUUUUCUUUGUGCUUGAUUUCCUUCCUGUGUGUUUUAUUUUGUGAGAAACAGUCUCUUGGUUUGUUCACGUCAUUUCAUGGCAGCCAUUUGUUUUCAAGGUCAACAGCCAGCAGGUUGUUACUAAUGUUCGCAGCCCCUUGGUGCUGUAGUACCCAACUACUGGAAUGUGUUGUAGACUACUGUCUGUGUCGGGGAGGUUUGAAUAUGGGAAGACUUAUUUGGGAAAUAAAACCUUGCUUUUCUA